AUGCAGUUCACUUCCACCAUCGUUGGCGCCAUCAUGGCCUCAGUUGCCGUUGCUCAAAUUCAGCUUGAGAACGUAGCCUCAUUCGAGACCUAUGCCAACGCCGACUGUGCGCCUCCAGCCAACCAGGCCCAGAACAUCAACAGCAACACAUGCAACUUCCUGCCCCAGCAGAGCGCCCGCAUCUACUACCUGGAGAAGACACGUGCCAACUGCCGCCUUGAGUUUUACACCGCCGGCGACUGCAGUGGUACACCGACUGAUACCAUUACCACCGUCCCCAGCGGUUGCAUUGAUGUGUCGACAAAGUUCUCGUACAAGGCCAUCUGCUCUUAA